CUGGCGGACUCGCCCACUAAUAUAACUACUAAUACGCCCUACUAACAUUCACACUGAGCUAAAAGGUGUUGCGACACUCAUGUUUUAUGUGGUCCCAUUACACUAAUUAGACUAAAGCCGUACAUAAACCAGUAUAAUUGACAUACAACAUAUAACGGGCGUUCAAUGCCCAGCAUAGAUAAAGUUAUAUAAAUCUAUCCUAAUCCAGAGCUAUUUAAAUGAAAGAAUGUAACUUGACCAAGUCGCGUGGCGGGAAAACGACAGUCGUUAAAAUAUGGAUGUUCUGUUUCAUACACCUCAUAGGUGCUUACGCGUUACCAAUCAAUUUGGACGACCCCUAUGACUGGGUUGACCACCCAUAUGACUGGGACCACUGGGUUGGAUCUAUUCCCAUUAAGUGUCUUGCCCAAAGACACAAACGCCUACAAUGGUAGCAGUAUUUCUAUCUUUUAAACGACUUGACUGAAUAAUCCCCUCCCGGCUACUUUGGCAAACAGUAAAAUUCGUCGGAAAAACCAACACAGAUCGUCACAGAUCAAACAACGCAAUGUCAAUCGCAAUGUUUACCAAGACUGGAACGUUUCGUUGCUUUUAUCGAUUAAUUAACAGCAAAACGUCAACUUUGAAAGAGGAACUAGUCCGCAGGUUACCUUUAUCGUUCUGAGAACAGAACAGGAUUCACAUGGGUACAACUGGUUCGCUAGUUCAAAGUAGUGCCAUAUAACCUCCAAAUCGAUUAUAGGCAAUGGAAAGGAUGAGUGAUGAAACCCCAAGAAAACCAGCUGGAGACGUCCUCAAAAUAUAUAAGUCAGAAGUAAAGACAAAUGCGACUUCAGAGAGUGAUGAAAAUAUUGAUGCAAUAAGAAACUCUUCGGACGACUUUUAUAAGGACGAUGACGAUGACGGAAAGGGUCUUGUUCCAACCGUGCUAAGGCAGCAUAUGCUGGAAUACUACAUGAAGAAUGAACGAAGAGGAACAUUCGUUGUGUUUAACCAAGAGAACUUCGAUAGAAUGAGGCAUCCAAGAAAGGGAUCUGGGGUUGACGUUGAGAUGUUGGUAAAAUCAGCCAACAAACUUGGCUUUGAAGACGUGAGGGUUUUAAAGAACCAAACAACAGACGAAAUCCGAGAUCAUUUACAAGAAUUGUCCUACCAAGACCAUUCAAAUUGCGAUUGCUUUGUUUGUGUUGUUCUCUCUCAUGGAGAGUCAGAUGGUGUUUUGUACACAAAGGAUGGAGAUAUUCAUUUAAAAGAGAUCCUGGACUCUUUCAAGGCAAGCAGAUGUCCUUCUCUCGCCGGAAAACCGAAGCUGUUUUUUAUUCAAGCGUGUAGAGGUGAAAAAAGGAGCACCCCAGUUGAGAUCGAAUACAAGUUUGAUGUGACAGACAGUACACCUCCCGAAGAGCAGACAACCACAGUAUUCACUAUUCCAGCAGAAGCAGAUUUUCUCAUUGCACAUGCUACACCGGAAGAGUUUUGUGCCUGGAGAAAUAGAAGAGAAGGCUCAAGAUUUAUAAAAGCGUUAUGUGGUUGUCUCGACCGCUAUGCGGGUGAUGAUAUAGAGCUGUUACAGAUUUUAACAGUUGUGAAUCAUCACGUUUCACAUGGUUGGGACGGUGAGGUUUACAAAUACGAGAAAUCGAAACAAAUUCCUUCAAUAACAACUCAACUAACAGCUCAACUGUUUUUUACCAAGAAAAGUAAAAACAAGAUCUGCCAGGAGAAGCCGCAGGGAACGAUAAAAGAAAAUGAAAACGCCAAUGCUCAAGCUAAUGACGAUUUUAUAGCACAUGAGGGUCAGGAAACUGAAAAAGAAAUAUCGCGACCUAUUCCAUCACCCCGCCAUAAGAAAACCGAAACUCAAGUCUGAACAUCAUGCUUCGAGAUUUACCUAUUUUGCUACAAUAGCUGUUUUAUAAUGACUUUUUCACUAACUAAAGCAAUCACUGGCGCCGGUUUUUAAACGUACUUUGAUUUAAUAAAUUACUACAAGGCUGA